GACUGCAUGUAGCAGAUUUCCUGCAACACACAGCAAGGAGCCAGGCAGCCUUUUCAGAGCAGCAACAGAGCAGUCAGAUUGUGUUUUAGAGAUUAGAGGUAGAGAUGAGAGGAGCAGCACGACUGGACCACAGCAUGAAACACCGCUGGAACAACAUCAAGGUCCUUUUGUCAAGAGCUACAAACACAACAGAGCUGCAGGCAAAUACUGUGUACAAGCAGGUCAGUGUGCAGACUGAGGCGACAGAGGACACACAGAAGCUCUGCUCUGCUUCAGGCUGGUAGUGAAAUUUCAGUUUUAUUUGGAGAAUACGGAGAAAGAUGCACCGAUCACCCGCUUUGAAAAACAAGGAAUUAAUGGCUCUGUAUGGAGGGGAAAGAGACCAUUAUUUUGUAGACGAGGACUCUACCAGUGAGGACUAUGAUCUGGAUUCAGAGUGCAGUGAGGAAGGAAAAGGUGGCAGGAGGGUUCGCAGGUCUCUGUCGCUGGAAAUCUAUGGUCUUCAGAGGGAGCAUCAUGUUUACUUCUCCAACCAGGAGUACUACAGGAGGCUGGAGGAGCUGAAGAGCGCUCACCUGAGGAACAUGGCCGAGCUGGAGAGGAUGUACAUCAGCCAGGGCAGAGAGAGACAAGGAGAGGAAGAUGACGGAGGUCUGGGAAGAGGAGAGAACACAGAGGCCAGACUGUCCAUCAGUAGCGGCCCUGCCAGGAAACUCCAGAGGAUCAAUUCCCAGGAGGAGCUGGACUUCAAUGAGACAUCAAGCGGUUCUGACCAAUCUGAGCUUUGUGGAGCGGACAGCUUUGGGGAACUGGAGCUGGACAAUCCAAGAAGGACUCCUGUCCAGGACCGAACUUUUGGGAGAGACCUCCUACUGAGCCCGGAAGAAAUAACGACCCAGAAGCAGUUUCGAUUCCAGCCCAGGGCCUUCUGUCCGAAACCGCAAGGAAGACUGUCCCGCCAAUCUGGGGUCAGGGUCAGGUCAAACUCCAAGGUCACUGUGCCUAAACCCUUUCAGAUGAUGCUGAGAGAGGAAGAGAGGAAGAGGCACAAGGUGCGGACUCGCUCGGAGAUCGAGCUGGAGAACACGUUGCUGAGACGUGAGCUGGAGGAGCUCCAAGAAUGCCAGAAAAAGUUCAGGGCAUCGCCUGCACCGGCGCACAUUCACCUGCCUCUCUAUGAAAUUAUCAGCCGUGGCUCCAGUCAGCAGUCCAACCGAAGCAGAAGUCGCAGUAAUAACAGUAACCGUGACAAGAAAACUAACCAGGCCUCUGCUGCUGCUUCACCACAGCCUUUCCAUUUCCUGGAGAGAGAGAAGAGAAAGAGGGAGGCGAAGAUUGUGGCAGAGCUGGGGAAGCUUGGACCCAAAGAGGAACGACAAACCUUCAAGGCUAGGCCUAUGCCCAGAUUGGUGUACGGCACCAGACACAGAGCAGACACCAAGACCACAAGCCGCCAGCCCCAGCCUCUAAGCUGGUCACUGGAGAGGGAGGCCACAGAGGGACAAAGUGAUCCAAACUCGGACCUUGAGCCGGAUGUGCUCCAAUCCAAGUCAGACACCUCUCCUGCCUCCUGUCAGCCUCAGAGAUGUCUGUCCUCCAAGCCGGUGAAAAAGCAGAUAGAGCUUUCCAUUGAGAUGGUGAAGGAGAGGCAGUGGUCCUACAUUGACCCCCUCAAAGCUCCCGCCUGCAGCAUCUGCUCACCUCUGCAGCCAGGUGGCCCAGAGCCUCUCCUCUCUAAAAAUGACUACACCAGUGUGUGAGAGACAGUGUUUAUAAAUCAUACAAAAGGCAGCCUGCAUCUAAUCUGUGUUUGUUUUGUUUGUCUGAAUAGAUUAGAUAGUUUGUAGAGUAAUACAUGUAGCAACCCACUUACUUUUCACACCAAAAUUCGGUUUGAUGAUUUCAGCUAAGCCUUCAACAUAAUCUCCCCCAUGGAACUGAUCAGCAAUUUGCACUGUGCUUAAGUACCACGCUCUGCAACUGGGCAUUGGACUUCCUGACAAAUGGACUCUAGAUAGUUCGGAUUGGUGCUCAGACCUCCUUCACUCUAGUGCUCAACACACAGAGCGCCCAGGGCUGUGUGCUCAUCCUCCUCCUGUUCAUAUCCACGACUGCAUCCCCUGAUAUGGAGAAAACUCUUUUGAAGUUUUUGGACAACACCACCAGAGAACAUGUCAGCAAAACCAAGGAGCUGACCAUUGAUUUUAGGAAAAAGGGGAUAAAGACACACACCCCUGUCCACAUCAGUGAUGCUAAGGUGCAGCAGGUGAUUUUCUUCAGGAAACCUAUUGGUUCAGUGUGUAGGUUUUAGUGGCAUCUAGUGGUGAGGGUUGCGAAUUGCAACAAAUGGCUCACUGGGCUUUUACUUGUUCCAUGGACGUAAUAAGUACUUUAAAACAAAUGUAUGAAUUCUAAUGGCAAUUAUAAAUUACCUAAAAAACCUAACUUUGUACUUUUUCUUUAUGAGGUUGUACAUUAUUACAUUAGACUACUACUACUUCUUAUACUUGUUUUUUGUGUGCAUUCAGCAUAGUGAUGAAACACGCUCUGUAGAUUGUUACUACUGUAGAAACAUAGUGACUUCCA